AUGAAAACUGUCGCCGUGUCACGUGGUGGUAUUUACACGAAGAUUACGAACGACUUACAAUUUCUUGAAAAAUUCCCACAGAAGCAACAAAUGAUCUAUUUCAGAAGUAUCUCAGGAGAUUCAUUUAAUAUCUUACGUGAUUCACAUAAAUAUUCUAGCUUCGCUUCAAUGCAGAUUCUUUUAGCGCUUCUUAAUGAAACUUCAAGCGUUCUUGAACAAGUUUUUGUUAUCAAUUUGCAAAUUUGCACAACAGAUAACUUUUCAUAUGUUAACAUUAAGCAAUUUGUUUGA